AUGCCACUAUCAUUCAAGAAGACUUACACUUUUCAGCAGCGUAAGGACGAGGCUUUACGCACCUUACAGCACCAGCCGGAUCACAUUCCACUUGUCUGUGAAAAAGAAGAGAACUCGGACAUUGUGGCCGUCAACCGUUGCAAGCUGCUUGUCCCCAAAGUACUCUUGGUUGGCCAGUUAUUACAUGUGCUUCGUAGCCGUUUGAAGCUUCCAUCGGAAAAGGCCAUUUUUAUCCUCAUUAAUGAUGAAGUACCGUCCAACUCCUCUCCUUUAUCUACGGUCUACGACGUCCAUAAGGACGAAGAUGGAUUUUUGUAUAUCAAAUUCAUGGGAGAAAAUGCAUUUGGAUUGUCCAAAGAGAAUUAA